AUGGAGACCGUAGAGGCGGUGGAUUACAGUGCACUCCUGGCGUUGGACCAGGAGGAGGCGCUGCGCCGCGUCCUUGCGGCGUACCCCCGCGUUGGUCUGCAGGCGACGGAGCUUGGGCGGGCGCGGAGGCUAGUGCAGCGGGCGCUGUACCACAAGCGUGCCGGUGACGCCGUGUUCCUGGCCUACACCUCGAACCUCAUCUCGAGCGGCCUGCGUGACACAUUUGCGUGCCUGGCGCGGGAUCGCCUCAUUGACGGCGUUAUUUCAACCGCCGGCGGGAUUGAGGAGGACGUCAUCAAGUGCCUUGGGAGGACGCUCAUGGGGGAGUUCAAAUUGGAUGGGCGCGCGCUCCGCAGGAGUGGCGUCAACCGCAUUGGCAACCUUCUUGUGCCAAACGACAACUACUGCCACUUCGAGGACUUCUUCAUGCCUCUGCUGAAGCGGCUGCAUGAGCUGCAGCGCGACUCCCGCUGGGAGACAAUGACGGCGCCGUCUGAGAUGAUCGCGGCGAUGGGCGAGGCCCUUGAGCGCAUGCACCCGGAGACGUGCACAGGCAGCCUCGUUUACUGGUGCUACCGCAACGGCAUUCCCGUCUUUUCACCCGCCCUCACGGAUGGUUCAAUCGGUGACAUGAUUUACUUUUACAACUUCUCGAGGAAGGGGCUCCUGCUGGACCCAGUGGUUGACGUGGUGCGGCUGCGGGAGUUGGGUCGCCGCCACCGCCGCGGCGGUGACACUCGGGACAGGGACAGCAGCCCCAACAACGGCGGCCGCACCACGUGCAUUGUGCUGGGGGGCGGGCUGCCAAAGCACCACCUGCUGCAAAACGUCCGCGCAGAUGCGGUGGUGUACGUGACGACCGGACUCGAGGUGGACGCUUCGCCGAGCUCCUGCAACGUGGCGGAGGACAAGGCGAACGGCGUGCUGCCGGAAGACUGUGAGGUGGUGCGUGUGCACGGCGACGCAUCGUUUGUCUUCCCCCUCCUUCUGUGCAACACGGAGGCGCCCGCGGAGCCUCAGCAAGACGUCGCGGUGUGA